AUGAAUAUAACCGUCGCGGAUUCUCUGUCUCUAGACUCAGGGAACACAUGGUCACUGACGUUGGACUGGGCUGGCAACUCAUCAGUGGACUACGAUCCGAUCGCACAUCUCAACCUCCUAUUCUCCCACCCGUCCACUGUAUCGUCGGUCUCGAGCGUAUCCGCGACGAUUCAGAAACACAAAGAUGAACUCUCCAAGUCCAUUACUUCGCUGGAAACGGCGCAAGCCUACGGCCCCGACUCCUCGCUAGAAAGAAUGCAGUCGGCUCAGGCCGAACUGGCCUCUCUAUUCCAGCGCAUUGAAAGUGUGCGAAGCAGAGCUCUACAGACCGAACGCGACAUCACCACCAUGACGGCCGACAUUAAGCGUUUGGAUGGCACCAAGCGCAACCUAACCCUCAGCAUGACUGCCCUCAAGCGGCUCCAGAUGUUGACCACCGCCUACGAACAACUUCGAGGAUUGGCUCGGACCCGCCAGUACCGCGAGUGUGCUGGCCUUUUGCAAGCUGUUUUGCAGCUCAUGCGCCACUUCAAUAGCUACCGGAGCAUUGAACAAAUCGCCGUGCUAAGCCGAAACGUCAGCGAGCUGCAGCGGGAGCUCUUGGAGCAAGUCUGCGAGGAUUUCGAGAUAGCAUUCGCGAAGGGAGAGGUCGGUGCCCGUCGCGCGGUUCUGGUAGAGGCCUGUCUCGUUAUGGAUGCGUUGGGCGAUCAUGCGAAGACUCGACUGGUGACUUGGUAUGUCAAUACAGAGCUACGCGAGUACCGUCAGGUCUUUAGAGGCAACGAUGAAGCCGGGAGCUUGGACAACAUUGGGCGACGCUAUGCAUGGUUCAAACGCACCCUAAAGACGCACGAGGAAGAGCACGCUGUGAUCUUCCCGCCCCAUUGGCGCGUCAAUGAGACGCUAGCCAUGUCCUUUUGCGACGGGACCAGGGAGGACUUCAAAGGCAUUUUGGAAAAGAGCAUGCGGAGACCCGACGGUCCCAAACUCGACGUGAACCUGCUACUUAGCUGCCUGCAGGAAACCAUGGACUUCGAGCAAGGCCUUGAAAGGCGCUUUGCGAACGAGCCAAGGGCUAGCAUUGAUACGCUCAGUUCCGCAGACGACAGGGCACAGAAUUUCAACGGGUCAAUAUCUGCGGCAUUCGAGCCCUACCUGAGUUUGUGGGUCGAGUCGCAGGACAGAGCAUUGGCAAGCAUGAUACCAAAGUACAAACAACAGCCCCUCAUUCCGGCUGAUGAGGAGUUUUCGCCUCAGGCGGUGAUACCAUCAGCCAUUGAAUUAUUCCACUUUUACAAGGUCACCCUAUCCCAGUGCGCCAAGCUAUCCACUGGUGAGCGGCUGCUCGACCUGACGAAGACGUUAGCAAAGUACUUGGACGAAUAUGCUCAGCAAGUUCUCCUUGGCUUCCUCCAACGUGGUGGAACUCAAGGGCCACCUAUCGAGGACAUCAUACUUGUACUUAACACCGCGGACUUCUGGCAUACCAACACUGAUCAGCUGGAGGAAUUUAUCAAGAAGCGCAUUGACCCGGAUAUGACAUCUCGAGUGGACCUCUCUGACCAGUCAGAUGCCUUCAUGGGGGCUGCUGGCGCUUCCGUCCUGGCUUUGGUCGCCAAGGUUGAGUUAGAAUGCGAGUCCGCUUGGCGCGAGAUGAGGAACACCAACUGGUCACGCAUGGAAAGUGUCUCGGAUCACAGCUCCUAUGUGAGCGAGCUCCUGAAACAUGUCAACAGCAAGGCCGAGGAGAUAUUGCCGCUUGUUGUGAAGCAACAAUAUGCUCGCACGUUCUGUGACAAUCUCGUCGACCAUCUUGCCAACGCCUACAUCACCAAUGUGGUCCAGUGCAAGCCUGUUUGCGAAACUGGCGCCGAGCAGAUGCUUUUGGACAAGUAUGUCCUGACAAAGUCGUUGGAGAAUCUCAUGUCCUUCCACACGGCAUCCUCCUCGACUCAACCGCCCGCUUCAUUCGUAAAGCAUGUCAACACAUCCAUGACCCGCAUGGAUCCGUUGCUUAAAACCCUACAAGUUCGCCCUUCACCACCAGAGGGUCUCGUUCAGGCCUAUCUUAUACACAUCGCUGACCGGUCCGAUACCAACUUCCGCAAGAUUCUGGAGCUCAAGGGUGUGCGGAGAGCAGACCAGGCACAUCUCCUUGAGCUGUUCGCCAUCCAUCGGGAAGGUCCUGCAGCGGCGGGAGGCAAGCUUGUCCAGAGCUCUCCUCUUUUAACACCACUUCUCAACUCUACCCCUGGUGGACUGGGAAGUACUACCGCAGCAGGUGGCAGUGGUCUUGCCGCGGGGUUGGCCGCAGGUGGUCUGCAAACUCGUUUCGAUGCCGCGUCUCUUGGUGAAAGGCUGUUGACUGCAGCCAGAGAUAGUGCAGAAAGAGCCGGUGUGGGGGCGGCAACAGGUGAAGGUGUCACUAUGAAUGAAAAUUUGAGGAAUAUCGGAAACUUCUUCAGAAGGGAUAUUGGCGGUUUAGGGGCACGGUUUGGGAGAAGAGAUAUCACUCCUACACAUAGCAGCAGGCCUGACGUAUAG